CGCUGUCGUGGUGCGUGGGAACCCACUAGCAGCUUUUUUGUCUUCUCUAAUUUCCCUCUCUCGCUGUUCUUCAUCGAUAUCAUAUUGUCCUUAGAUAUAUCUUAUAAUGUCCCUUUCAUUUCAAAUAUAAAUACACAUUAUUUUGCUGUUUUGCUGUUUUUAAACAAAAUUUCAUCCCGAAACAGUAUUGAUUUUCUCAUUAAUGGUGUCGCUGUUUGAGGAAUCUGGGUAGUUGUCGCCGUUUGUGUAUGUGGAGAAACGGGUAGUUUUUAGAUUACCCUAAAAAAAAAAAUUAAAUUAAAUUAAAUCCUGAGAGAAAAAUGGGAAUCCAUUGAUUUGUUCUUCAAAACUUGUUCGUGUUCUUCCGGCUUCGAUUCCUUCCCUGCAUUUUGGGUCUCUGUUUUCUGGGAGAGAGGCAGAUUUUUUGUGUUUCUUCUCUCUCCCUCUCUAUAUUUUGCCCUUAUGUCUCAGCCGCGGCCAUUUCAUAGCAAUUAUAGCGUUGGCGGCCAAUACAAUGAUACCACUUUCACCAAAAUCUUCGUCGGAGGCUUGGCUUGGGAGACUCAGCGGCAUACAAUGAGAAGGUUUUUUGAGCAAUUUGGUGAGAUUUUGGAAGCUGUUGUUAUUACUGACAAGAACACUGGCAGAUCCAAGGGCUAUGGAUUUGUCACAUUUAAGGAUCCUGAUGCUGCCAUUAGAGCUUGUCAAAACCCUUCCCCUGUGAUCGAUGGAAGAAGGGCUAAUUGCAAUCUUGCUUCUCUUGGUGCUCAUAAGCCUCAACAUGGUGGUGGUGGAAGAUUUAGAGGUCCAUCUGGGAUUGUGACACCUCCUGCUUAUCAUGUUUCUUCAUCGUCUUAUGUUCAUCAGCCCACUACUCAAUAUCCAUUCCCUCUUUCAGCUUAUGGCUAUUCUGGAUACUCACAAGACAGGAUUUAUCCAAUGAACUAUUAUGGUGUUUAUGGUGGCCAACAAUUUUCUCCUUAUUACUCUGCAAACGCGAUUCCGGGACCAGCUGGAAUGUUUCAAAAUCUCUAUCCGUAUUACGCUCAAAGUAGCCACGGAUACGAGUUCGGAGUCCAGUAUCCACACCUAAUGCAGUACCCGUAUCUUCCUCAGCAGCACGGUUCGACCGGUAUCCUAUCACUGCCUGUCUCGACCGCAACAGGAACAACCAGUGCAGGUGCAGCAGCAACGACGACGACGACAAUGGCAGUUGGAGGAUCGGGGCCUCUACAAACUUCUUCUGCGGUAGCAACCGAACCGAAUUCUUCCGAGGUAAUCUCAACUGGAUGACACAAAUGCCUUGUUGUCACACGCUAACCACAUCGACAAAGCUUGAAUACUGAAUAACAAUGGCAAGUUUUUAAGUCGUGUGAUUCGAUAAGAAGGAUGAGGAAAAGGAAAAGGGAAAGGAAAAGGAAAUUCACGUUCCAGCAUCGUCAAGUCGUUCAUGAAAACGUCGGUAACAAGCAUAUCCCAUCUCUAUCAAGUAUCAACAUUAUUUACGUUUGGUCAUCUGCCAUUAGUUUGUUAGAACAAUUAGCUUAAGAAUUUUAUUCAUUCAUGUAUUAUGCGAAAAGACGGGGAACCAAAUGAAGGGUUUGGAUUCUUCCCGUGUUUCAUUCUGACUGCAACAAGACGAUCGUGUCGGGGAAGCACGUAGCCUCCUACGACACUGUCUUGUUUCGAUAUGAUUAACCGUGAACGGUUCAAAAGAUUGAUUUUAUAUCUUUUGAGCUUCACAAUUUGUGGUUGGUGAAGAAGGGAGUGGGAUUAGUUAGAAAAAGAUAUCUGUGUAAUAUGUUUGAGCAAAAUUAUUGGGUGUUCUUCUGCUGUUCUUUCACAUAUCAUUAUCAGUUGGGGUUCUUUUUGGUUAUUAGGAUUCUCUGGCUUACCAUAAUAUCACCUCUUUUCCUCUUUCCA